AUGGAGCUUCGAGUCGGUAAUAAAUACCGACUAGGCCGUAAAAUUGGUUCCGGAUCGUUUGGGGACAUUUACUUGGGAACAAACAUAGUCACCAAAGAGGAGGUAGCUAUUAAAUUAGAAUGUAUAAAAACAAGACAUCCACAGUUACAUAUAGAGAGCAAAUUUUACAAACUUAUGCAAGGAGGUGUUGGCAUACCUGCAAUAAAAUGGUGCGGCUCAGAAGGGGACUACAAUGUCAUGGUUAUGGAACUGCUUGGCCCCUCUUUGGAAGACUUGUUUAAUUUCUGCUCGCGUCGUUUCUCACUCAAGACUGUUCUUCUUCUUGCUGAUCAGCUUAUCACCCGUAUUGAGGAUAUACACUACAGGAACUUCAUUCAUAGAGAUAUCAAACCAGACAACUUUCUAAUGGGCCUAGGCAAAAAGGGGAAUUUAGUGUACAUAAUAGAUUUUGGCUUAGCAAAAAAGUACAAAGAUGCACGCACACUGCAACAUAUACCUUACAGAGAAAACAAAAACUUAACAGGGACGGCCAGAUAUGCGUCAAUAAAUACACAUUUAGGCAUCGAACAAUCGCGCCGCGAUGAUCUGGAGUCAUUGGGAUAUGUACUCAUGUAUUUUAAUCGUGGAAGUCUGCCCUGGCAAGGACUCAAAGCCGCCACCAAACGCCAAAAAUACGAAAGAAUAUCUGAAAAGAAACUGUCCACACCGUUUGACGAACUUUGCAAAAACCAUCCUAUCGAAUUUCAACUGUAUUUGAAGUAUUGCCGACGGCUUCGUUUUGAAGAAAGACCCGACUACAGCCACCUACGUCAGUUAUUCCGCACGCUCUUCCAUCGACAAGGAUUCACAUACGAUUAUGUAUUUGAUUGGAAUAUGCUCAAAUUUGGUGGGCAACGCGGUAACUAUCAGUCAGGGGGCAACGACCGUACACUAAGACGUCAUGACCAAAAUCAGGAACAAGAAAACACGGUGGGCGCGGUGGCGUCAGGCACGGCGGGCGCGGCCGGGCAGCCCAGCACCACGGUGGCGGCCAUCUCCGAGUGGCGGUGA